UUCAACACGCUUCAAUCAAGUUUUGGCUAGGAGUACCUAAUAAACUGUGAGCUGAAUUUACUGUAUGGUAUAGCAAGGUAUUCCCUCAAAAGAGCAUCCAUUCUUUCCUGGUGCGUUGUUGCCCGGCAACCUGCUGAAUGAUGUCUCCAUGUUUGUCUGUAUUGUGCAAAGAACAAAAACAACAUCUGUAUCUUGGCAACGACGUGGCCAACAGAGAGCACCACAAUCUGCUUAAAACGUCGAAAUGAAGUCGGUUAAAUUUAUUCGGAGUGUGUCUGCGUGCGAACUCAACUGUAAACCGGCGGAGGGAUGUCUCAACAUGUGCGGGAUGUGUCCAUCGUGCGUGUUUGCCCCCAAACCACCGGGUUCCACUCCGUGUGUGUGGAAGGUGUCGGAUGAAUUCAGGAGGAGAUUCCUAGUGGAGCUUCUUUUACGCUGCAGAAACGUCCAAGUGCUCGAAAACAUCCAGAAUGUGCUGGGUGUAACAUCAUGGACUUUGUUCACUUAUGCCAGGUCAAGAGGCCCGACUUCGCCUCAGGAUCACCCCUGUCGCAGCACAGACCGAGCUCUGGAUGGGAAACCACUUGGCAUGGAUAUAAAUGAAGUCUGGGACUGGUUCAGCAGCAGUCCAGACUGGAUGAAAUCAUGCUAUCUUUGCCGUCUCUUUUCACUUUGUGACUCAGAACUUUUACGCAUGGUGGCCAACCUAACCAGCGUGCUCCUGGUCAGGCAAAAACGAGGGUUUCUGCAGUUAAACUUAGGUAGCCGCAAUACCAAUCAGUUUGAUCAGGACACUGAUGAAGACUCAGAGGACCCUGCUCUCAUGGUGGUGCCUGGAUCUUCAAAGUCUGUGUCUGGAGUCAGCCGAUACAGAGACUUCAUAGGUUGCCUACCUGUUGACCUGUCAAAGAGGAUACUAGGGCUGUUAGAGGAACAUACUUUAAGACGCUGCGAGAAGGUUUGUCAAUACUGGCAGAACCUUGCAAAAGAAACCAUGGAGGAAAUCAAGUUCAGAAGACAUUUCCAGGAUCAAAUUAAGACGAUGAUGAAGAGGUGCAACGGUUUUAACAUAGUCAGUCCUACUUACUCCAACAUCGUUGAAGUCCUUGUUCCCGCAAAGGAUGAUGAGAGAGCUGAUAUUCAUUCCAAUGUCCAGAAGGUCAAACCAUUUGAAGCUGCUUAUGCCAAAAUCAAAACCAAAACUGUACAAAUGGAAGAGCGAAAUGUUUAUUGUGGUGCAUAUUUUACCAAAGUGCUGCUGAACAAAGAAGACCCUCACAGGGUGGUGGACUACAGAGGCAGAUCAUUUAUGGCCACGGGUUCCAAGGACCGUGCGGUGCAUCUGUUUUAUGUGGCGUCAGAAACGAAAGCCGUGUCUGUGAUGAAGGGCCACAUUGGCAGCAUCCGGGCUGUGCUGCUCUGUGAGGACAGAGACCUGGUGAUAACUGCCAGCUGUGACGCCAGCAUCAGGUGUUGGAGUUUGAAGACAGACCGGUGUGAGAUGGAGCUGUAUGGUCACACUGGCACUGUCAACUGCCUGGAUGUCCACGCUGAUAGGCUUGUCUCAGGGGCUAAAGACUGUUUAGUAAAAGUGUGGAAUCUACAAACAGGAAAUCGUUUUGAGGAUUUUAAUUUCAAGCACCCAAGCUCUAUCCAGUGUGUGAAAAUCAACACAACCACAGUCUAUAGCAGCUGUGAUCGGGGCCUUGUCAAAAUAUGGGACAUGGAGAAGGCAUCACUGCUCAGGGUGAUAGAUGCCCACAGGAAGUCAGUGAAGUGCCUGUUCUUCGACGAAUGGCAUCUUCUCUCUGGGGACGUAAACGGUCAAGUCAUGGCCUGGAGUGUCAACUGUCACGCUAAAGAGUGUCUAAUGACCUUCAGCCACCCAAACAGGGAGGUCAAAUCUCUGACCCUUGUCUACCUGCGUGUUGUUACUGGCUGCGUGGACGGGAAGAUUCGUAUUUUUAAUUUCCUCACUGGAGACUGUUUGAGAGACAUCACAGCAGAGGCUGAAACAGGCUCUUUACUGUCUCUGCACUUCCAUGACAACAGUAUAUUAGUGAACACAACAUCCAGUGUGAGGCUGUACCAGUUCGCCAAAGUGUUCUGGGAGUCAGCAGAGAGAAGCCCCGGCGAUGUGCCAGCUCAGGAUGGUUCGGUUUCUGAGAAAUGUGCGGCUUCACUCAGAAAGCUUCCCUGCACCUCUUUCGAGGCAGAUCACAAAGCACAGCUGGCUUCACCCAGCCGAAAGAUGCACGACUGUGACAGCAAGAAGCCAGAGAGAGCAGAGCUGCGUUACCACACCCGCUUCCUGUUUACCCCCACUAAAUGCCAAACACAAGUCAGUGGUGGGGCUGCUAAACAGUCAGUGAUUCUUAGCGAGAAGGCAACGUGUGAACGGAUGAAGAAGAGAGGUCUUCAUCGUCCUUUGACACGUGACUCCAUCCUCCUUAGAGUCAGUGCCAUUCAGAGGGCGCAGUGCACGGAUGAAGUUAGCGUCAACAUGGAGUGCAACGCAAAGCUGCGUGAUUCCUGGGGUCCUCACAUGACUCAGGAUCCUCUACACUCUGACAUCCAGGCCCUGAAACACAGGAGGGCCAAGACCUGUGACCAUAUUCUGAAGAGAGGCGCCAGUCAAACUAUAACAAACACAGAUGUCACCACUGCUCCUAACACCACUAGGAGACACCAUCACUGCUUAUUUUCUAAAGAAACACAGACUCACACUGCUGACACACAGAGGGCAAUCAAGAGGGUCGGUGCUAAAGAGGGGCCACAGGCUCCGGAGCGCAUUCUCACGACGUCACUACCAAAUCUAGAGUACGGCAUAAAAACUGCUACCAGCUUACCCAAGAUUAACCCUUUUGGACCCAUUCAGAGAGAAGGGGUGAUUCAGGCUGGAAGACGAUGUCCAGUCCGAGAGGGAACUCAUGCAGAGAUGUGAACGAAAACUGUCCAAUAGGGACACCGUGAGACAGGUCACAUUUGUGAUCAUUUGAUGAAUGAUAUGAAUGCCAACCGAACUCCAUCACCACUGCGCAAUUUACAUUUUCAAGGCACCUUUGAUGUUUAUUUAAAACCCCACUAGAGGUCAGUAUUGUAUCAUCUGAUAGUGACCCAGAGUAAUUGCACAGUAUUUUUGCAGCAAGCUUUAGGGUUUUACUUUACUUUAAUUUUCAGGAUAUGAAAUUAAUUUGUCGUUUGAUUUGUAGCACAAAGUUUAAUUCUAGUUUUUUCUUUUCUUUUCUUUCCUUUUUUUUUUUUUUUAUUCUUUUUUGUUUUCUCAAGCUGUGAAUGUAUUGUGAGUUUCCAUUUAGAUAUUCAUCUGCUUAAUGUUAAUAAUGGGAGAGAGCACAUGGUUAAUUCACUGUGUUUUUGCCAUGUUUUUUAGUUUUAUAGUUUAUGUAGUUUUCUUUUGCAUUGCAUUAAAACUUAUGAAAAAAAACUUAUUGAAAUGAUAAGUAAUACUUUCAUAUUUUUUACAUUUUUAAAUCUGUUUUUCCCCCCACG